GCCACAACACACACACAGACACACUCUACUCUGCUACGGGCUUCCAGCAGGCAGCCGCAGCCCGCAGCCAGCUCCCCCUCCCCCCUUGCUUCCCUCUGGCCCUCUCCCACUAGUCAAUACUCAAUACUCACGGCGCAGUACGCCACCCACCUCCUCGCCAUUAAAGAAAGAGGAGGCAACAAGGCAAGUCGCAGGGGGCCGGGAGAGGGAGAGAGGAGGCCAGGAGGGGGCGCAGCAGCGGCAGUGGCCGGCAUGACGUCGGGGGCGGCGGUGGCCGCCACGGGCGGGCUGGGACGCACGCCGACGUGGAAGGAGCGGGAGAACAACAAGCGGCGCGAGCGCCGGCGCCGGGCCAUCGCCGCCAAGAUCUUCACGGGGCUCCGCGCGCUCGGCAACUACAAGCUCCCCAAGCACUGCGACAACAACGAGGUGCUCAAGGCGCUCUGCCGCGAGGCAGGCUGGGUCGUCGAGGACGACGGCACCACCUACCGGAAGGGAUGCAAGCCGCCGCCGGGGAUGAUGAGCCCGUGCUCGUCGUCGCAGCUGCUCAGCGCAACGUCCUCGAGCUACCCGAGCCCGGUCCCGUCCUACCACGCCAGCCCGGCGUCGUCGAGCUUCCCGAGCCCCACGCGCCUGGACCCCAGCAGCGGCAGCAACACCCACAACCCGGGCGCCGCCGCCGCGGCCUCCUCGCUCCUACCGUUCCUCCGGGGCCUCCCCAACCUCCCGCCGCUCCGCGUCUCCAGCAGCGCCCCCGUCACGCCGCCGCUCUCCUCGCCCACGGCGGCGUCGCGCCCGCCCACCAAGGUCCGCAAGCCCGACUGGGACGCCGUCGCCGUCGACCCAUUCCGGCACCCCUUCUUCGCGGUCUCGGCCCCCGCCAGCCCCACCCGCGCGCGCCGGCGCGAGCACCCGGACACCAUCCCCGAGUGCGACGAGUCCGACGUCUGCUCCACCGUGGACUCCGGCCGGUGGAUCAGCUUCCAGAUGUCCGCGGCCACGACCGCGCCCGCCUCGCCCACGUACAACCUCGUCAACCCCAGCAGCGGCGCCUCCGCCUCCACCUCCAUGGAGCUCGACGGGAUGGCAGCCGCGGAGUUCGAGUUCGACAAGGGCCGCGUCACGCCGUGGGAAGGCGAGCGGAUCCACGAGGUCGCCGCCGAGGAGCUCGAGCUCACGCUCACGCUCAGCGUCGGCGCCAAGUGAAGCGGCGGCCAAUCUCGCGAAAGCACGGAUCUUUGAGCUACUGUACUGCAAGUCUGCAAUGCCAUGCAUGAGCAUCGAGUUCGAGUGCCAGCUGAUCGCGGUUCUUGUGAGAUCAGCGACGGCAAAUCCACGUACUCCUAGCAGCGUGACGAAAUUGACGACGCAUUUCGUGUGCUGCGGCCGGUUCGAUCGGGCGCUUCGAUGUAGGUGUAGGUGAUGCUGUUGUUUCAUUUCAUUCAUGGACUGAUGAGAAAAUUGAGGAAUCAGAACAAUUGUUCGUUCGUUCGUCUGAAAAUUGGAUCGGAUCACCCGAUUGUAUCGUC